UAGUACCAUAGAGGUGAGACAGGAAGAAGGGCAUUUCACGUGGGAGAAGCGGGGCAACAUGUCAGCCUCCUUGCUGAGGAAGGGUCUGGAGUUGCUGGAGACGGCGGGAGCGUCCGCUCCCCGGUCCAAGAGGGCAGCCACCACCAGCCCACCCAACAAGCAAUCGCUGGCGAGGGCGAGGAAAAAGAAGUUAUCUCGGCCCCAAAAGGAGAAGGCGACGGUCAAGGGCAAAGUCAUCAAGUCUGCGUUAGAGGAGUAUACGAAACAUCAAGCUGUUGACCAUUUUCAGGAGAAUGUGAAGUACAUGACGAGUAGCCAUUUCAUGACAGACAGCACCAUCACUCAGAAGGUUUUGGCCCAAAAUAGAGGCAGGAAAGCCAGAGACCGCCGUCAAGAGGAGGAGAAAAAGAAGCCCGAAGGCACUGUUUUCACCGAGGAAGACUUCCAGAGAUUUGAGAGAGAAUAUUUUGGGGGAACUGGAACAAUCUGACAAAAAUGGCACUGUCUCCUGGUUAGGGAGAAAACAUCAAAGAUUAGGAUACUUCAUUUUUAUAAGCAAUUGGGAGCAGAACUUUACUAUAGGGAGCUGAAGCACCUCUAAAUAUACUGUAACUUGUUCAGUCCUCUCAUGCAGGAUGUCUGCUCUCUCUUACCAAGAAAACAUUGUUCCUAGGAAUUACCUACUUCGGGACUUCGAGUUCUACCUCUCCAAUACUUUUUGCAGCAGUAUGAGAAAAUGCUGGCUUGAACCAAUUAUCCCCCACCCCAAAAUAGUUAAGAGGCCUGUGGAGACUUAAACUGCUACUUCAUAUAGGGCAUGUUUGAGAGACAAAUUGAAUGCAAAUGUUUGGGGCAAGGGGAAUUCGCUAGAAGUGUGGGAAUUAAAUGCACUUCCUUUUGCAGGAAUGCCGCUAGGAAAACUCCAUAAAUGUGUAUUUUAUUGUUA